AUGAUUUUCUUCCAGUCUUUUUUCAGCAUCGCUGUGCUGUUCUCUAUCGUAUGUCUCAGCGGACUCGUCGAGUGCUCUUUGCCUUGCCGCGGGGGCUUCUCAAAAGGAGUAAAAGGGAUAAACAAAGGGUACGCUAGUUGCCAGCCUGAUGGGGAUGCAGCUCCAUACAACUGCGAAGACAACAGCUGUACCAAUGGGGGUAAUAGAUGGGUCAAAAUGUCGAAAUGUGUACUAUCUAACUUCAACUGGCCCGGUCAAAGUGAGCAACAAUGCGUGAAAUACAAGUGGGUAGACUCUAUGAGCCGGUUCACUUGUAGAAACAACGGGGGUAAGGUGUAUUUCUGCGAUGUGACACCAGAGGAAAUCCAAGCCAUAAGUUGUGAUACUUGCUAUGUAUAG